AUGCGCCAGCUCACAUCCGCUGAUCUCAAUCCCGCCGUUCUUAACGUGCAGUACGCCGUCCGCGGGGAGCUUGCCAUCAAGGCAGACGAGCUGAACGAAAAGCUCAAGUCCCAGGAGCACAAGGACACCCUUCCUUUCAAAAAGGUCAUCAACAGCAACAUCGGAAACCCACAGCAAAAGGGUCUUGAUCAACCUCCUAUCACCUUCACGAGGCAGGUCGCGGCCCUGAUGGAAUACCCCCCAUUAGUCGAUCUCGUGAAGGACAAGUGGCCUUCCGAUGUGAUUGCUAGGGCGCAACAAUUGCACAGCGAAAUUGGCUCGGUUGGCGCGUAUUCGCAUAGUAAGGGCAUACCCCUCAUCCGGAAGCACGUCGCGCAGUUCAUCUCUGAGCGUGACGGAUAUCCGAGUGAUCCAGAAGAUAUCUUUCUCACUGCCGGCGCAUCCGCAGGUGUCUCGCUGCUAUUGAAUGUGCUGAUCACGCCCAAUCGGACAGGUAUCCUCAUUCCUAUCCCGCAAUACCCACUGUAUACCGCAACACUCGCACAAUUUUCUGGUGUCGCCCUUCCUUAUCACCUUUCCGAGCUCGAUGGGUGGUCUACUUCACUCACCGAAAUCCGCACAGCUCUUGCAAAGACUGAGUCUCAAAGUGAGGGCCAGAAGGUCACGCCACGCGCACUUGUGGUCAUCAACCCCGGUAACCCCACCGGUGCUCUGUUAGACGUACAGACGAUGGAGGAGCUGGUUAAGCUCUGUGAGGAACACUCGCUCGUACUUCUUGCAGACGAAGUCUACCAAGAAAAUCUCCAUAGGCGCGACGCGCACCCAUUCCAUUCCUUCAAGCAGGUCGUCCGACGUCUGAACUCUCCCAUCCAGCUCAUCUCCUUCCACUCUAUAUCGAAAGGUGUGUUCGGCGAGUGUGGUCGCCGUGGCGGAUAUUUCGAAUGUUGUAACAUCUCACACGAUGUGCGCGCUCUACUCUACAAGAUGGUCAGCGUCGGCCUCUGUCCUCCGCUCUCCGGACAGGUUGGCGUGGACUGCCUGGUCCGUCCACCUAAGGCAGGCGAGCCCUCGCACUCGCUCUGGAAGCAAGAGACGGACGCGAUACACGCUGCACUCGCGCAUCGCACGCAGCUCAUGGCCGCUCGACUCAAUGCGCUCCCUGGUGUGUCGUGUGUAGACUCGCCCGGCGCAUUGUAUCUCUACCCGAAGUUGGAGCUCCCACCUAACGCUGUGGAGGCUGCUCGCAAGCUAGGCAAGGAUGCCGAUACACUGUACGCGUUGGAAUUGCUGGAAGCCACCGGAAUCUGUGUCGUCCCUGGAAGUGGAUUUGGACAGAAGGAUGGUGAACAUCACUACCGGCUAACUUGUCUCUGUCCUGGAGUGGAAGAGUAUGUUGGUAUGCUUGAAAACUUCCACACCCAGUUUCUGCAGAAGUAUGGUGGCAUGCAAUGA